AUGAUCCGCUGCGCCAUGUGGUUAUUCUUCAUGGAGACUUCAAUUUUGCUCCUCGUGCUCCUCUUCUACUUCGCCAACCUCAUCGCCGACUUGCUCAAGGUAGAGGUCAACGCGCCAGAGCUGCUCCCUGGGCCGCGGCGCUCAAGAUCGAACUUCACAGAUGGGCAAUCCGUGAAGUGGCUGCUGACCUUCGUGAUCGACAAUUUCAUCAGGCGCCUGAG